AGCUAAUGAUGGAAAGACCAAAACAUGAGCUGGCUCAAAUCCAACGAAGGAAGGUCAACCUUAAGGAUAUGCGCUUGAUAGCUUGCGAUAAGAGGAUCCUUUUGGUAGGUGGGUUACUUUAUGGAAUUACCUGUCAUCGCAAUGCUCUGUCAC